UGUGUGUGUGUGUGUGUGUGUCAGGGGAAGACGGGCGAGGAGCGUCAACAGAUGAUCAAGGCCCUGCGGGAGGAGCUGCGUCUGGAGGAGGCUCGGCUUGUGCUGCUCAAGAAGCUCCGCCAGAGCCAGAUGCAGAAGGAGAACGUGGUCCAGAAGGUGCCGGUAGUCCAGAAUGCCCCCUCUUCAGUGCAGCCCUCCCCCAUGCACAGCCCUCAGGGUCUGGGCAAGAUGCCCGUGAGACCAGGCCUGCACACCACAGAGCCCCAGAACCUCCGUACUGCACAGGGUCACACAGUGAUCAGGUCAGCCACCAACGCCAAUCUGCCCCCGAUGAUGAUGUCACAGAGGGUUAUUGCCCCCAACCCGGCACAGCUCCAGGGCCAAAGGCUGCCCUCCAAGCCUGGCAUGGGCCGCCCAUCUACAGGGGGCAUGGGUAAUGCUGUCAGCUACCAGCAGCAUUCAUCAGCUAGGAUGAACUUUUGGGUCAAAUCAGCAGGCUUAGAGCAUGGUUGGAGCAGAGACAAGGCCACCAGCCAGCAGAUGGCGGCCUCCCAGCGCUCGGCCUCCUCCUCGGCCAUCUACAUGAACCUGGCCCACAUGCAGGCCGCGGGCGCGGCCGGGGUGGCCGGCGUCGGGGUCGGCGGAGUCGGGGGCGUGGGCGCCGUGAGUCCCUCCAGCAUGCCCAGCGCCAACUCGGUGGCCUCCAUGCAGGACCAGGCCAGCAGCCAGGCGGCGGCCAAGCUGGCCCUGCGCAAGCAGCUGGAGAAGACCCUGCUGGAGAUCCCGCCGCCCAAGCCCCCCGCCCCGCUCCUCCACUUCCUGCCCUCGGCCGCCAACAGCGAGUUCAUCUACAUGGUGGGGCUGGAGGAGGUGGUCCAGAGCGUCAUCGACAGCCAGCACCAUGGUAAGAUGCGGGGCUCGUUGUCCAACACUGAGCCCUUCCACUGUGCCCAGUGCAAGACCGACUUCACUCCCCACUGGAAGCAGGAGAAGGGCGGGCGCAUCCUCUGCGAGCAGUGCAUGACGUCCAAUCAGAAGAAGGCCCUGAAGGCCGAGCACACCAACCGGCUGAAGAACGCGUUCGUCAAGGCCCUGCAGCAGGAGCAGGAGAUUGAGCAGAGGCUUCAGAAGCAGGCCGCCCUGUCCCCGAGCACCGCCCAGACGGUCAGUAGUGUGAGCAAGGCAGAGACCAUGAUCCGGCACCAUGCCCUCCGACAGGUAACUCCCCAGCAUCAACUCCACAAAUCACUGGCUUUGGGUUCUUUGAAAACACUAGAGGUUCUACAUCGAUCCAUGUUGGCUCCUCAGCCCCAGGCAGCCGCUCUGCAGCGAAGCUUGUCCAGCUCGGCGCGGGGCGUCCUGUCUAACUUCGCCCAGGCCUCCCAGCUGCAGGUGGCCAGCGGCCUGCUGGGGAUGGCAGGGAAGCACUGUGGCGGAGGAGGGGGCGGCGGAGGGGGCGGCAGCAGCCGAAGCCAGCAUGACAGCCACAGGCAGAUCUACAACAUCCCCGGACUGAACAUUGCCUAUCUGAAUCCAGGAGCAGUGGGGGGCCACAAAGGCUCCAGCCUAGCAGACCGGCAGCGGGAGUACCUGCUGGACAUGAUCCCGCCUCGGUCCAUAUCGCAGUCCAUCACCGGACAGAAAUGAGCUCCACCAGGAACCGGACCAUCUCCCCCCAUGACCCCUCUGCCCCUCCUUUUCCUCAAAUAUACCCCCCUACCCCCAAACCCCCACC